AAAAUACUAAAUAAAUAAAAUACGGUUAGCGCUUCGCGCGCAUACAAUCAUCAUAUAAUCAUUAUAUUUGCGGUGUGUGUUAGUGAUUAGCAUUUCGCCGCGCUCGAAUAAUAUGUGAUAUCAGAAAAAGUAGCACUUGCUUCUCAGUAAGCGGGUAUACAUCAAUCUGGAAUCACGACAAAAAUACGGUGGCAAUAUUAUUUAGCUGCGAGCGACAAGUGAGCGCUGAGCGACGACAACGAUUAAAAUCGACGACGACGAACGACCUUUAGAGAGAGAGCGGUUCUUGAGUAUUUUGUUUGAAGAUUACUGUAAUACCUUGCCUACUAAAAAAUUUGGAAACAUUUUUUACCCUUAAAAUUCGAAAACGAAAAGCGGUAGUGGUGGCGGCAUACGACCCCGAACCCACCGACCGAUCGAUCGACCAACGACGACGACGGGACAUUGGCGAGCUAUCGUGAUCGCCCGCUGAUCGACGCAGAUCUUAUCGCACCUUUGAACAAAAGUCAAGAUGAAUGGUCGACAGCUUUCGAGUCCGCAAAAAAUGGUCAAAAAAGACUCCCUCCUAACUGUGCCGAGUCCUCGGAUGGGCCAACCAAACAAAGGUGAACCUUUCAUUCCUCGAAAUCAGGCAUCUGGCGAUGCAGAUGAGGAACUCGGCUACACCCACACGCUCAUGUAUGGCCGAUACACCAGAGAUUUAGGUGAAUUUGCCAAAGACGAGGCACGAAAGCUGAAAAUUCUCGAAAAGCGUCGAAAAGAGGAAGACAAGCUGCGUGACAAAGAACGUUUGGGAGAACAUCAAGGACGAGCUUGGAAAGUCUCUUCCUGGAUAUGGCGACACACAUUAGCUCGAUUCGGAGAAGAUUGGGUCUUCUUGGCAAUGUUGGGUGUAAUAAUGGCUCUAUUAUCCUACAUCAUGGACAAUGGCAUCAAUAUGUGUACAAACGCACGCAUUUGGCUCUAUCGUGAUCUUUCCACAUCUCAACCUGUGAUUCAGUAUUUCGCCUGGGUAUCCUUAUCCGUUUGUCUGAUACUUUUCUCAGCCGGAUUUGUUCAUUUGGUUGCUCCGCAGAGUAUAGGCUCAGGAAUUCCCGAAAUGAAGACUAUCCUCCGAGGAGUUGCACUCAAGGAAUACCUCACUUUCAAGACACUAAUAGCGAAAGUGGUUGGGUUGAUGGCAACUUUGGGCAGCGGCAUGCCUCUGGGGAAAGAAGGUCCAUUUGUGCAUAUAGCGAGUAUUGUGGCCCGGUUACUCUCGAAAUUAAUCACAUCAUUCCAGGGGAUCUAUGAGAACGAGUCUCGAAACACUGAGAUGUUGGCUGCGGCUUGUGCUGUAGGUGUGGGAUCGUGCUUUGCAGCACCAAUUGGUGGAGUAUUGUUCAGCAUUGAGGUAACCACCACGUAUUUUGCUGUCCGUAACUAUUGGCGGGGGUUUUUUGCAGCUGUCUGCGGAGCAACUGUAUUUCGACUAUUGGCGGUAUGGUUCCAGAAUGCCGACACUGUGCGUGCUAUGUUUUUGACCAAUUUCACCUCUGAAUUUCCAUUCGAUCCACAAGAAUUGUUUGUUUAUGCGUUGAUGGGAGUUGUUUGUGGAUUUUUGGGAGCCGGGUAUGUAUGGCUCCAUCGAUGGUAUGUGACAUUCAUGCGAUCCAACAAAAGAAUGAGCCGGUUCCUGCAGAAAAAUCGAUUUUUGUAUCCCGGAUUGAUUGCCUUGAUGGUAUCAACAGUGUCUUUUCCCCUCGGAACAGGACAAUAUAUUGCAGGAGAACUAAGUACCCACGAGCAGGUCACCGAACUUUUCAGCAAUUUCACCUGGUCCCGGGACGAUCUUACCGUAGAACAAGCAGCUAUCGUGCAAAACUGGAUAACUCCACAUACCAACGUUUUCAUCAAUCUCCUAUGCUACGUUUUAUUUUUAUUUGUAUUUUCCAUUGUUGCAUCCACAAUCCCUGUGCCAUCAGGAUCAUUCAUUCCAGUAUUUAAAAUUGGUGCUGGCCUGGGCCGAAUAGUCGGAGAGCUAAUGCAUGUGCUCUUUCCGCUGGGUGUGCGUUACGGAGGUAGAGUUUCACCGAUUAUUCCUGGUGGAUAUGCAGUGGUUGGGGCAGCUGCCUUCUCGGGGGCAGUCACCCACACUGUAUCCGUCGGUGUGAUAGUCUUUGAAAUGACCGGACAAGUCACUCAUGUCGUCCCAGUGAUGAUAGCCGCACUAAUAGCCAAUGCCAUUGCAGCCCUCCUUCAACCAUCCAUGUACGAUAGCAUAAUCCUGAUCAAAAGAUUGCCAUAUCUGCCAGAUCUCCUGCCCUCAAGCUCAAGAAUGUACAGCAUUUAUGUGGAGGACUUCAUGGUGCGGAAUGUUCAAUGCAUUUGGCCAGAGAUAACGUAUCAGAAGUUGAAAGAGGUGCUCUAUCAAAAUCGUGGACUUCGUAGUUUGCCGCUUGUAGAUAGUCCGGAUAGUAUGAUUCUCUUGGGUUCUGUUCAGCGUUCGGAGUUGCUUAAAAUGAUCGAAAAGAAUAUUGGUCGUGAGAAACGUAUGGAAAUUGCUCAGAAAUGGCACAAGGAAGCCGAAAAACGAGCUCGAGAACAGAAACUUAAAGAAAUCGAAACCGAAAAUAUGAUUCGACGGGCAUCAAGAUUCGAAGUACUCCCAGCUCCGGAUAUACUUUCCCUCGAACAAACAUCUAACGACAAUAUGGCUCAUAUUGACGCGAAGAAGCGUCAGGAACUCUUCAGCAAUUCUUUCUUCAAUCAACCUCGGAAGUCUAUUUUGAAGAAAACCAAUUCGUUCAACUUGAAACAGUGUGCUCCAGUCUCAUCACACAGUCCAACAAUAACACCCUAUACAACCAUUACCGGGUCAGAGUAUCGCAUACGUUCCGCCUUCGAAGCGAUUUUCAAAAAGUCCACAACUCUUCAGGACGUUGCCCCACAUCCAGGCGAUAGCAAUCCCAUCACUCCUGGAGUGAGUUCAAAUGAAAUUCAACAUCCCCCGAGUACACCUGGUAUCUUGAAAAAGGUUCAACUUCCCCGAGAACGUGUCAUCGAUAUGUCACCAGAAGAUCAAAAGCAAUGGGAAUACGAAGAAAUGUCGAAGCCCAUUAAUCUCGAAGGAAGCAACGUUCAGAUUGAUCCGUCACCAUUCCAGUUGGUCGAACGCACAUCCAUCAUCAAAGUUCACUCGUUGUUCUCAAUGGUGGGCAUUAAUCAUGCGUAUGUGACGAAAAUCGGACGGCUGGUUGGAGUAGUCGGACUAGCUGAAUUGCGCAAAGCCAUCGAAGAUAUAAACAAUAACAGUUUUGCUGCCGCAACUAAUGCGCCGCCAAAAGAUGAAGAAGCCCAAACGGGUAAGCCAUUGUUGGAGAGAAAACAAAGUGUUAAAAGUGAUAAAAAUGUUAAUGUAACAAUAACGUCCAUGGACUCUGCCCUUUCGAAUUCCGAAGCUGGUUCUGAAAUCGAUGUGGACACAAAAAAACCAAAGCUUCCUGAUUAAUAAAUUAUUAAAAAAUCUUGAAUAUUUUUUUUUGUUUUUGAAAAUAAAUUAUAAUGAGAAUAAAAUAAGUAAAAUAGUUUUUAGUAUUUUAGAAAAUAAGAAAAAAACUAGAAAAAUUAUAUACCAACAAAGUAUAUGUGUAUUUUUAUAAAAGAAUGAUAUUCCAUUAUUUUAAUGAGUCUUUAAGAUUUUUUUAAUAUUUAAGAAACAAAAAAAUCAUGUUUUAGUAUUUUAAUGUUCAUUUUGGAAAAACAUUUUAUCUCGUCUAUUUUAAAAAUAAU